AUGGCUCCCAUCGUGUCCACUAAGAUUCUUAGUGAGAUCAUGAUGAACGGGUGUACAGAAGAGCUAUCGAAAGCCAGUCGUGUUAAGGGAAUUUAUGCUGAUUUGAGGGCCCGCCCCGUGGCUAUUUGCAAGCCCAUAGUCGUUAUUGUUGGAUCUGUUAUCCCGCGCCUGAGGAGAGCGGCGGAUCCGUAUGCGAAUGGAGCUUCCUAUACAUCUCUUCCCAGCGCUACGUUUAUACUCGAUUCAAGUGAUUUCUACAUCGAUGCUACUCCCGCGAGUGAAGAUGUUCUACUCAUGCCUAACUCCGAAACGCUAUCUAUUCCUAGUGGCGAUUCGGACGACGAGAGCUCAAAUCAACUAGAGCGUGUGACCUUUAACUCGAAGUCCACAAAUCCUCUUGAGGCUUGUCCUGAAGCUUGUCCCGUAGUUUGUCCCGUAGCUUGUCCUGAAACUAAAUCUACGAUAACCUGCAUAUCAGAAUCUCCUUCGAAUAUGCUUCUGACUCUAUCCAUGGUCUCAAAUACUGUUCCUCCUUCCACUGCUGCUACCUCAGUUCGACCUUGGGGGUCUUCGAAACACUUAGGGGACCCUCUCCAGAAAUUUGGGACCCCACCGUCGGCCGACUAUACUCGCAGUUGCUCUCCAGUCGACUCCUUGGAUAUAAUUCGUUAUCGAAGGGCGAGUGAAGCCGUCGGUGCAAGUCCACCAAGUAAAUUUGCUCAUCGUGUUCGCAAGUACAGCGAUAAUUAA